GACUUGGAGCGGAUCCAUAACGGGACUGAAUUACAGAAACAGCUGCUCUUGACACAGGCGCACUCAUAACAUACAAACAACGAGCAUAUAUAAUAAGUGGGCUGCGCACAAGGAAGGAAACAGUCUACCUUUUUUGUUUCCAAUUUCAUAGAAAAGGGGAUCUAUUUCUAGGGCCAUGGACCUCCCACUGCUGCUGGCGAUCUGCAGCUUUGGAGCCUCAGUUCUGGUUAGCAGUGCUGCAGACCUGGAAGGAGACCAGUCAUUGAAGGAAGAUGACCCUUUUUAUUAUGAUUACAAGACCCUGCGGAUUGGGGGGCUGGUCUUCGCUGUGGUCUUGUUCCUAAUGGGAAUCAUCCUCAUCCUCAGCAGAAAGUGUCGUUGCAAGUUCAACCAGCAGCAGCCAACUGGUGAACCGGACGAAGAGGCGGGCAGUCUGAGAGCAUCGAUCAGACGAAUGUCUUCUAGGAGGCAGUAAACACUGGACAGGUCUCAGGAGUCCCUGAGAUUUAAGAUGUCCCAGACAGUACACUACCUAUACAGGGUGCCAGGGACAGAAGACUGCACUCAAGCAGAUAGUAGAUAAUUGUGCUCAGCAGCCUGAAUAUCGACCUAACCAGCUUCAAAAGUUUUUGUGUGGAGCCUUAUAAUGUAAAAAAGGAAAUCUUUUUGUUUGUUUUUGUUUUAAUAUAGCGUUUGUGCAGUGACAGGCAAUAAAGUUUUCCGUUAUCUCUAAA